AUGGGGAAGCAGAACAGCAAGCUCCGUCCCGAGGUGAUGCAGGACCUGCUGGAGAGCACAGACUUCACCGAGCACGAGAUCCAGGAGUGGUACAAGGGCUUCCUGAGGGACUGCCCCAGCGGGAACCUGUCCAUGGAGGAGUUCAAGAAGAUUUACGGAAACUUCUUUCCGUACGGAGACGCUUCCAAGUUUGCCGAGCACGUCUUUCGCACUUUCGACGCCAACGGUGACGGGACGAUAGAUUUUAGGGAGUUUAUCAUCGCUUUAAGUGUGACGUCCCGUGGCAAGCUGGAGCAGAAGCUGAAGUGGGCCUUCAGUAUGUACGACCUGGACGGGAACGGGUACAUCAGUAAAGCUGAGAUGUUGGAGAUUGUGCAGGCGAUAUAUAAGAUGGUGUCGUCUGUGAUGAAGAUGCCUGAGGACGAGUCGACGCCUGAGAAGAGGACGGAGAAGAUCUUCAGGCAGAUGGACACCAACAGAGAUGGUAAACUGUCUCUGGAAGAGUUCAUCAAAGGAGCAAAAAGCGACCCGUCCAUCGUCCGCCUGCUGCAGUGCGACCCCAGCAGCGCCGGCCAGUUCUGAGCCCGAGGCAGCGCCGCGAUCUUGCUUCUUUGGGUGACUCUACAUGCCUGUAACUCUGCACUAUGGAGCAGACUGAUGAUGAAGAAUGACAAGAUGAAGAUGAAGAGGAAGCCAGGCCUUCAACAUGUACUGAGGACUUUUUAAAGAUGGCCGCAGGAGCCCAAUUCAUCGUUAAUAUUCUUUCUACGCCCCUCUCCCUUACCCACCAACUAAACAGCUGUCUGUGUCUGAAAUCCAGGCAAAAUCCACACCACUUCUGGUUACAGACCACCCUCACCGCCCCUUUCUGACUGUAAUGAACCUCCUCAGUUCUCCUGUAGGCCUGUUAGAGUGUAGAGAAGGUUUACCAUAGGUUGUGUGUAUAUAUAUGCAGUGUAAACUGGAGUCUCUGUAUCAGUGUCUUUGCUUGGCUCUCUGUUCUCUCGAAACUUCCAGUUAGGCCCACACAGAGCACCGUGUGCGACAGACUGAGCGUGUGCAGAAGAGGGAGGGAGGGAGAGAGAUAGAGAGAGAGAGAGAUACAGCAUGUGCUGUAGGUGAGCAAGAGAGGACCUGUGAAGUCUGUCCUUAGCUCACAAUGAGUCCCGCUUUCAUUUUCUUCUUUUCUACCGUAAGACAUGUUUUGUUUUGUUUUGUUUUUUGUAAACUUGAUAGACUGUUUGUUUUAUAUAUCGUGCUGGAACGGACACAUCACGUAACAUUAUGCUUCUACGCAUAUGCUCCCAGAUCCGUACUUAGACUUUGUGACGAGCGUCCCUCGCCCUCCGUCUGUUCCUAUAUGUUUUAUUUUGAAAUAUCGGAAGUAAGAGCACAGGAAGUGCUGGUGCGCUCGAGCUUCUCACACAACACAAACCUUAGUCUUUCCAGGUAUUUCGAGUACAGUGUAGGUAUUUCUUUUGAAGUGCACCUAAGCUCAUUGAGCAAUUCCAUGUAGUCCAGAACGUUCGCUUCCGAACAAAGUUGUGGUGAAAUAAUAAUAAUGAAAAUAAUAAUAGAAGAUGUUUAUUUAAAUGUAGCCGGAUUUCAAGCAUGCGGACCAGAUUCUUUUAUUUCGACUAAAAAGCGAGGCGCACAGAAACGCCUCGCGCUCUCUUUUAACUUGUUUAAUGAAACGCUGCAUGUAGUCGUUGGGUACACGGGCGUGUAAACUAACACGACACGUUUGCAUGUGACUUAGGCGCAUGUGUGUUUUUACUAUAAGUUCAUAGAUACUCAAACUGCCAGCGGAACGACGGGCUGUCGGUCAGACAUCGAGCGCGUCCCACCGGAUGCGCGCGGGAGGGUUCGCUCGGAUUUAUCGCCUCCGUAUCCUCGCUCGGCUCCGCCCCGCGUUCAGGAGGAGAGAGUCUGAGCAGGAUCCGCCUGAAGCCGCCCCGUGAAUGUAACCGAGCAUCGAGAAGCUUUGAAUGUUCAGAAAAAAUGCUAAAGAAGAAGACCAACAGAGAAUCCGAACUACUGCAACGAUGCUGUCACAAUGUGUCGCUUUUACUGUUUUUUAUAAAUGUACAUGUAGAAGCUUUUCUUAUAAAAGGAAAAAAAACAAAAAAGAAAUGCGUCAGGUGUAAUAUUUCUGUCAAAUACAAAUUAGCGAAUUGUGAUCAAGUGCCAAAUAAAAACAAAACAGUAUUGUAUAAAUUUAUACUAUAGGAUGGUUAUAUGUUGAACAAAAUGUUUGUAAUUGUUGAAUUUUGUAGGUUUUGUAAGGUAUCCUGUAUUUUAGUGACUGACGUUUUGAAACACAGGAUUCUCUAAUUUUUUUUGUUCUUUUUUUUGGUCAAUUAAAAGGCAAGAAUUAAAUCUAUGGCAUACUGCGUGCACGUAUUCA